AUGCAGCGCUCGACCGGCCUGACUUUCAAGACGGACAGAGCUGCCGGCGAAAACAAGGACAUGACGAAGUGGAUUGAGAAGUAUCUCGGUGUCGGCGAGUGGGUGAUGGAUCAGUCGGUCGCUAUUGCCGGCUCCAGCGGUUGGUUCGAACGCAGGCGAUAA